CCUGCCCCGGCCCUGGGAGGGAGCUUUCGGCCCAUGCGAACCCCGGGUCCCUCAGCGGCCUAGGGCGGGCGGCUCCGGCGGCCUGGCCAACCCCGCGGCCCCCGGGACGGCACGGAGCGCGCGCCCUUGGAUGAGGUCCCGCAGAGACGCCCCGGCCCGCCCCGCUCCUCCUCCUGCCCGGCCAAGCUGCCUCCCAUUUGGGGAGUUUUGUGGGUUUUCUUUCUCCUCCUCCAACCUCCGCGGAGGCCACGACUCAGGCGCCGCAGCCAGGGGCCGCCUCCAUGGUGCGGGGCGGCAGCUGGUGAAAUCAGCGAAACCGAGCUUGGCCUGAAGCAGGCCGCGCGAGAGGCCAAGGCCAUGGCCAUAGCCACGUCGGCCCAGCUGGCCCGGGCACUGUACGACAACACCGCUGAGUCCCCCCAGGAGCUAUCCUUCCGCCGAGGGGAUGUCCUCCGGGUCCUGCAAAGGGAGGGCGCUGGUGGCCUGGAUGGCUGGUGCCUCUGCUCACUGCAUGGCCAGCAGGGCAUUGUGCCCGCCAACAGAGUGAAGCUCCUUCCUGCCAGCCCAGCACCCCAGCCCAGCCUCACCCAGGAGCCCCCCGCCCAGCCUGGCUCACCAUCUCCAGCCCCAGAGCACAGCAAUGAGGACCAGGAGGUAUAUGUGGUACCACCCCCAGCUCGGCCCUGUCCUACCGUAGGACCUCAGGCCGGACCCUGCCUGCCCUCCCCUGAUCCCAUCUACAAGGUCCCCAGAGGGAGUGGGACCCAGACAGCCGACCCUGGAGACGCCCUGGAGGUCUAUGAUGUGCCCCCCACGGCCCUCCGAGUUCCCUCCAAUGGUCCCUAUGACUCCCCUGCCUCCUUCAGCCGCCCUCUGGCCCAGGGUGCCCUGCAGCCCCCUGGAGAGGAUGAAGCUCCCUACGAUGUGCCUUUGGCCCCAAAGUUGCCGUCAGAGCUGGAAGCAGAUCUGGAGUGGGAAGGGGGCCGGGAACCCGAGCCACCCCUCUACGCUGCCCCCUCCAACCUGAAACGGGCCUCAGCCCUGCUCAAUCUGUACGAAGCGCCGGAGGAACUGCUAGCAGAUGGGGAAGGUGGAGGCACUGAUGAGGGCAUCUAUGAUGUGCCCCUGCUGGGACCAGAGGCGCCCCCUUCUCCAGAGCCCCCAGGAGCGUCGGCCUCCAAUGACCUGGACACCUUGGCCCUGCUUCUGGCCAGAAGCCCCCCACUCCCACACAGGCCCCGCUUGCCCUCAGCUGAGAGCCUGUCCCGCCGCCCUUUGCCUGCCCUGCCUGUCCCUGAGGCCCCCAGCCCUUCCCCCGCUCCCUCUCCUGCUCCAGGCCGGAAAGGCAGCAUCCAGGACCGACCUCUACCCCCACCCCCACCCCGCCUGCCGGGCUAUGGGGGCCCCAAGGUUGAGGAGGAUCCAGAGGGCGGGGAGGUAGAGGACGAUCCAGCAGGACCCCACAAUGAGUAUGAGGGCAUCCCAAUGGCCGAAGAGUACGACUAUGUCCACCUGAAGGGCAUGGAUAAAGCUCAGGGAUGUAGGCCCCCGGAUAAAGCCUGCCCAGGGAAUCUUGAACUGCUGGAGAGGGGGCUGCCAGAGCAGCAGGAGGCCCCAUGCCCCGAGGAGCCACUGGAUCUGCCCACUGGAGACCUGCAGCUCCUGCACUUCUACGCAGGCCAGUGCCAGAGCCACUACUCAGCCCUGCAGGCUGCCGUGGCAGCCCUCACAUCCAGCACCCAGGCCAACCAGCCCCCACGCCUCUUCGUGCCCCACAGCAAACGGGUGGUGGUGGCUGCUCACCGCCUGGUGUUUGUUGGGGACACUCUGGGCCGGCUGGCAGCCUCUGCUCCUCUGCGAGCCCAGGUUGGGGCUGCAGGGACAGCAUUGGGCCAGGCACUGCGGGCCACCGUCCUGGCUGUCAAGGGGGCCGCCCUGGGCUACCCGUCCCACCCUGCGGCCCAAGAGAUGGCGCAGUGUGUGGCGGAGCUGGCAGGGCAGGCCUUGCAGUUCACCACUCUGCUCUCCAGCCUGGCCCCCUAAGCUCCCCUCAGCCCUGUUCUGCCUCUCUUCUGCCUGCCGGAGCCCCCUGCUGGGAUUUGGGCCGCCUCCGGAGGGCUCUGUUUUAGGGACCAGGAGAGGUGUGGGCAUCUUUCCCUUUCCGGUCAUCUCAGUCUCUCACAGAGAUGUCCCUCCCCCUCCCACAGCUUUUUGUACGAGCCAUUUUGUAUAAAUUAUUUAUAUUUAAUAGUAUUCCCUGUUUUGUCAGGGGCAGGGAGGAACUGGACUCUUCUGUCUCAGCCUGUGGUGGGGAGAUUCUUGAUCACCGCACCUCUGGAAACACGGCCCCGCAGAGAAUCAGGUGGCUGAAACCUGGGGCCGCCCGGAGCCCCUUUCUUGUCGUGGUUCUUGACUCUAGAACAUAAGCACCUCACUACUGGCCGAGAGUGAGGGCAGGACAUUGAUCACCCAAAAUGUGGAGGUCUGGGAGAGGUCCGAGGGCUCCUCCCCACAGGAGGUUGGAAGGAGCUGGGCCUGAGUGAGCCCUGCUAUCUGGUUCUCUGAUUCUGCUUCUUGGGUGCUUGGGGGAGGGGCCAGGCCUGGUGCCCCUUGCCUAAACCGAUAGGACACACACUGUGGGCAGGAUGUCCUUAGGUUUGGGGGGAGAUUUUGCUGUUACUUUCAAUAACUAUUCAUUCAGUGGGUUUCAGCUCCCAUGAUGUGCCAAGCACAGUUCUGAAGGUACAUUGUGGAAUGGGAUGAAUAAAACUGAGUCAGUUAAAAUAAAUUAAAAAAAAAAAAAAAAAAAAAAA